AUGUUUAUUCCGAAAGAUCACGUCAAUGUAGUAGUUGUAGGUCCUUUCCAAAGUGGUAAGAGUACAUUUCUUGGCCAUCUUUUUGUUGAUUUAAAACAAGUAGAUCAACGAACAAUAGACCGAUACAAAAGAGAUUGCAUUGAAUUUUUAAAACCCAAUUGUGAGUAUGCUUAUGUUUUUGAAAAAACUAAAAUAGAACAUGAAAUUGGAUUAACGAACAUUCAAGCGACAAAAGGAAUUUUUGCCAAAGACAUUUUACAUCCAAAAGAAGAAUUGUGUAACUCUGAAAUACAACAAGUUUCAAUAAAGAAGUAUGAAAAAAUGAAUGUUUCAUUCAUCGACACUCCAGGCAGGAAAAAGUACAUCAAAAACGCGAUCCGAGGUAUUCACAAAGGAGAUGUCGCUUUUCUAGUUAUUUGUGCAUCACUUAAUUUUGAAGACCAAAAAGAAUCAAUCAUUGAAAAUUUGAUACCAUUAAAAAUUUUUUUGGUUGAAUUAGUAGCAGUGAUUGUGACUAAAAUGGGUGAAGUGAAAUACUCUGAAGUUUGUUUUGAAGAAACAAAACAGAAAAUUAUAGAAUUAAUGAAAAUCAUUGGACUUUCAACUGAAAGUGUUAGAUUUGUUCCAAUUGAUGGACUUGAAGGAGAUAACUUGACUGUGUAUUCGGACAAAAUGGCAUGGACAGUCAACAAAUAUGGUACAGUCGUUGAUCUUCUAAACACCCUCAUAAUCCCAGAGAGAAAUCAACUAGACACACAGCCAUUCGGGAUGACAAUAGAAAACAUCUGUAAAAUCAGAAAUGUUGGCACCGUGUUGGUUGGAAUUGUCGAAAGUGGAGUUGUACAUGCAAAUCAAAUUGUAACGGUUUCUCCAAGCGGACUUUCAGUCAAAACAAAAAGUGUUGAAACGAUGGGCAAUCCUAUUUUGGAAGGCAAAGGGAGAGUUUUGGUUGGUGUGAAUGUCGUGGGUGCAACAGAUUUUGACUACAAAAUAGGAUAA